UGAUUCAAAAAAGUAAUAAACUUUUUUUCAAAUUAUUCUUCUUUUUUGUUUUUCUAACAUAGUAUCAGAGCCAUAAGCUUCUGGUUCUUUUCUUUUAUCAUCGCUCUUGGGUUUUUUGGAGUUGGAUUUUCAAUUCCAUUCCAAAUAUGAAACUUUGUCGUUUGGAUCUCUUCUCUUACAGAUUGGAUUGUUUAUCCUCGAUUUUCAAGCCCUUUCUGAGGUAUUUUGUUAGUUUGUUAUUUCGAUCUUGGUAUCUAUUUCUUCAUAUUUUUAGAGUUUUUUAGUAUUGUGAGUUUACUGAUUCUAUGACGAGUUUUGAAAGGAUUGUAACUCAUCCUGCUACUGCUAUGGUUGCCAAAGAAGUAAUAGAACAACCUAAUGUCAACCUUUAAUCCCUAAAACAGGUGAUAUUAAAUCUUUUUAAUGCUCCUACUGCCUUAUCUACUGCUCCGGGUACCAAACCUUGGUAUUUCGAUUUUGGUUGUUGUAACCAUAUGUUUUCAAUUACUGCUCAUUUCUCUUCAAUGUCACCUAAUAAUUCCUUUCCCGAUAUUUAUUCUGCUGUUGGUUCCCUUAUGAAUGUUAGUCACAUUGGUAAUGUUUCUACAAAGUCAUUGACUUUACCAAAUGCCCUUUUAGUUCCAAAACUUAGUUAUAAUCUUCUAUCUGGCAGUCAAUUAUGUGAUCUUGGUCUUGAAGUAACAUGUUCUGCUCAUGGUUGUCGUGUGCAAGACCCAUGGACAAGACAACUUCUUGGAACUGGUCGCAAGGUGGGGCAUUUGUUUGAACUCAACUAUCUACAUAUUCCUGAUAAUAAAAUGGAUACACCAUCAUUUCCAAAUGAUCGAUUAAUCCAAACCCUGCUUUGUGCUGUUGAAUUAGAGUCUUUGCAAAUUCUAUAUCAACAAAUCUUCCAAACCUGUGCUGCUACUAACAUUUCUCCUUUCCAUUUGUGGCACUCACGACUCGGACAUACCUCAGUUGGUAAACUCCGUCCACUUAUCUCUCGUGGUACAUCUAAUGAGCUUUGCAAUGCCUCAUCACAUCCAACUAGUUUUGUAGAAGAUGAUCUGCCUGCUGGUAAUGCAUUAGAUAAUUUUGAGCCUUCUUCUACUUCCUCGUCUAUAUCACAUGUUGAUUCUAUAAAUGAGCUUGUUGUCCCAUCCUCGAGUCAUCUUACUCGAGUGUACAAGAUCAAAACACAAUCUGAUGGUUUUGUGGAGCAUUAUAAGGCACGCUUGGUUGCCAAGGGUUUUACACAAGAGUAUGGAAUCGACUAUGAGGAGAGAUUUGCUCCAAUUGCUCAUCUUACAUCUGUGCGUAGUUUGCUUGUUAUCGCUGCUAUGUGGAGAUGGAAAUUUUUUCAGAUGGAUGUGAAAAAUGCUUUUCUUAAUGGUGACCUAGAAGAAGAAGUUUAUAUGAAACCACCUCUUGGGCUCAACCAUCCUCCAAACAAGUUUGGUUUUACUUCUAGUCCACAUGAUACAGCUUUGUUCAUUCGUAAGACUGCUCGGGGUAUGGUCUUUUUACUUCUUUAUGUUGAUGACAUGAUUAUUACUAGAGAUGAUGUCGCAGGUGUUGAGGAGUUAAAACAAUCUCUCAGUCAGAAAUUUGAGAUGAAAGAUCUUGGUGUUCUGAGCUAUUUUUUGAGGCUUGAAGUGACCUCUUCAGAUGAUGGCUACCUGCUUUCUCAAGUAAAGUAUGCCUCCGAUCUUGUUUCUAAAGCUUAACUCAAUGAUGGUAAGAGUGUUUCUACACCUCUUGAACCUAAUGUCAAGCUUACACCUAUGGAUGGCUCUCCACUUUCUGAUCCUACUCGCUAUCGGCAAUUGGUUGGUAGUCUGGUUUAUCUUACUACGACACGCCUUAAUAUAGCAUAUGCAAUUCA